AUGAUCAAAUCCAACACUAGCAAUGAUCAUAAAGAAAGAUCAAACACACUGUCAUCAAUUGCAACAAGAACAACCAAGCAAAAAGAUACAGGUCUUAAUUUCCUAGCUUCCAAUUUAUCAAAAACAAUGGGAAUGGAGUCGUCUUUGAGUACCACCAGACCUAAAAGCAGGGGAAUGUCCCCUGUUGUUAGGCCUAAAAGCAGGGGAGAGUCCCCUGCUGGGAGGCUGAAAAUCCCGGGAGCUCAAUUCCUAGGAUUUUCUGAUGAAACUCCACCUAAUCUUAAGACAGACCGGUCCUUGUCAGCAAACAGGGGCCGGCCAAACCAAUCAACUAAUCAAAGGCCAGGAUCAUCAUCAUCGUCUUCUUCUUCUUCUUCAACGCCAUUACCUUCUAAAAAACCAAUAAGACGACAAUCUUGUUCCCCUAGUGUAACGCGUGGACGAAAACAGGAGAUUAGUACAAGUAGUACAAAAUUUCAACAAGGGAGUGCCACAACACAAGUUCUUGGUAGCAAAAUGGUUGACAAGUUCAUGAAUGCUAGGAAGUCAAUUCAUGAAGAGAAGGAAAUUAACAAGGCAAAAUUGAAUGGUUCAAUGAAUGAGAGCUCUGGUUUUGGAAGGCACAUUUCAAGAAUUUCAGCAAAUGUGGCUCACAAGCAUAUGGAAAUCCAUCAAGACUUUGGUAAUUAUGGCAAAAAUGGCACAAGUACUGGGAGAAAAUCUUCAAAUAUUAGAAGCAGCAGAAUUCAUAGUGCAUAA